AUGCGUUCUACACAAGAACAAAAAUUAUGCACGACAUCAUCUUCGGGUCUUCCGAAAUGGCGGCAAUCUCCGAUCGAUAUCAGUCGCGUUGCAGUAUGGAAAAAAAAAUAUCCCCCAUUACUUUUGACAAAUUAUUGGUCAAAAAGUGGCACAGCGAUACUUGCAAACACUGGAAAAACAGUUAACAUCGAAUUGGCGAAUAGGAGAUUGCCGACAAUGCGUGGCGGCCCAUUGAAGGAUGAUGAAUAUCAAUUUAUGAAUGUACAAUUCCGAUGGGGCCCAUCCGAUUGUCGAGGCGCGGAACAUUCUAUCGACAACAUUUGGUAUUCGAUGGAGGCGCAAGUCAUGCAUUGGAAUACGCGUUAUGGAUCGAUAGAUAAGUGUUAUGAAAAAUCUGAUGGAAUUUCAAUACUCUCCUAUCUUAUGCAGGUUGUUGGUUGUCCUGGAAUUCCAGACAAUCCUGAGCUUGCCCUAAUCACUCAUAAACUCCCAGAAAUAAAACGAACGAAUAGCACCGUAAAUAUUACUCCAGAUUGUUUACGUUGGAUGAUGUACGCAUGCACUUAUUCUGGAUAUUACACUUAUACAGGUUCUCUUACUUUCCCUCCAUAUAAUGAAUGUGUCACUUGGAUAAUCGUGCCAAAUGCUAUAAAAAUAUCCGCUAAUCAGAUCGAAGCAUUCAGAAGCCUUUACAAUCAUAAAUGGGACCAUAUAGUAGGAAAUUAUAGAUCACAACAUCUUCUUCAUGGAAGAAGGAUUUUUUUUGCUACAAAUGAUGCAAUAGCUUGA